AUUUCCUCGCCACUCGCCAAUGUUUGGAGCGUGCGUGGAAACUGUUGGGUAUUCCACGAAUACGACCAAGAAGCUCGUGCUGCCCCUUAUCUCCCUCCCCGCGCCCCAGCAGCACGAGCAUGGCGUUGCACUGCGCCGCCGCCGGCAGCGUCUCGCCGUCCACCGGCCCGUGCCUCCUGCUUCGCCACCGCGCGCUCCGGCGCUCCCCGUCCCGGCCGCGGCGGCCGCACGGCCUGGCUCUAGCUUCUGCCGGUGCCCGGUGGGCGUGCGGCGCCAGGAGGCGGGUGAGGCACGAGGAGGAAGACGAGGAGGAAGACGAGGAGGAGUACGGGCACAACGAGGAGAUGGCGCGGCUGGAGGCCUACAGCGAGGGGGCGCGCGACCUGGCCCUCCUCGUCACGGCCGCCGUCGACGGCGACCUCGAGUCCGUGCUCGUCUUCAAGGGCUUCUCGUCGAGGCUGAGCGGGAGGACGGCGCCGGACCCGGCCAUGAGCGUGCUCCCGGAGCGGGCCGUCAUACGGUCGGUCGACGUGGUCAGGGGGCCCUUCGACCCCACCAACAUCGACUACCUCGAGAAGGGCCUGCCAUGGGAGGAAUUCAAGAGCCGCCUCCAAUAGCCAAAAUCAUGCGAAAAUCAUGGUGGCGGGAUUGUAGGGAGUAGGGCAUUUUGGCGGCCGAGCUCCAUCAAGACUUCAGUUAAAAUCAAAAUCCAGUUCCAAAAGAUUCCUGAAAAAUUAUAUACAUGUAUACGAGGAUGUAGGUGUAUGUGUAAAAUUUCAGGAUGAAAUACCUUAAAUUGCGAGCUGUAUAAAAAAAAAAGAUCAUGUACUUUUUUUUCGAUGAA